CCGGCGCGGCUGCAGAUGUCGGAGCGGCAGGCGGCUGAGGGGCCGGGCUUCUGGAGCCCCGCAGCCCGCCGAGGGCCGGCGUGCGGCGUCGGGGACGGCCCGGGAGCGGAGGGGAGCCAGGCGGCCGCCUCAGAUAAUGAAGAUCUGGAAAACACUAAGGUCACCUCUCCAGUGGCUUCUGCCUCUGAUCCAGAACCCAAUUCCUCACCCUACAGGCUACAGACGGUAUCCCCAGGGAGUGAGGAUGCCCCGGAAGAUCUGCGGAAAGCAGCUGGAGCCUUGGAGGCUCCGGCCUUGGUGGAACGGGAACUGCAGCCUACAGACCAGGCCCGGGUCCUCAACAAGAUGGCCGAGUACCAGGUUCCACAAAGGUCUGGGGACAUCGUUAUGAUCCAGUCUGAGCACACGGGAGCUAUAGAUAUUCUUUCAGCUGAUUUGGAAUCUGCAGAUCUUCUGGGGGACCACAGGAAAGUCUCCCCACCUCUGAUGGCUCCUCCGUGCAUCUGGACCUUUGCCAAGAUGAAGGAAUUCAAAAGCAAGCUGGGCAAAGAGAAGAACAGCCGUCUGGUGGUGAAGCGGGGUGAGGUGGUGACCAUCCGAGUUCCUACCCACCCAGAGGGGAAGCGUGUCUGCUGGGAGUUUGCGACCGAUGACUAUGACAUUGGCUUUGGAGUUUAUUUUGACUGGACCCCUGUAACCAGCACUGACAUAACUGUGCAGGUCAGUGAUUCCAGUGAGGAUGAAGAUGAAGAUGAGGAAGAGGACGAGGAGAUUGAAGACCCUGUCCCAGUUGGAGAUGUGGAGAGAGGCUCCAGGAGCUCCCUGCGAGGUCGCUAUGGGGAGGUCAUGCCUGUGUACCGGCGGGACAGCCACCGAGACGUGCAGGCUGGCAGCCACGACUACCCCGGUGAGGGCAUCUACCUGCUCAAGUUUGACAACUCCUACUCCCUGCUACGCAACAAGACUCUCUACUUCCACAUCUACUACACUAGCUGAAGGCCAGCUGGGACAGGAGGCAGGCGGGUGUUUGCUGGCUGGAGCAGGCUGCCAGCUGGGGCCUCUUGCUCUGGAUAGGCAAGAGCUGCAAGUUGAGCGUGAGGCUCCUGACCCUCACGCCCUGCCUGGCAUGCCUGGCUGUCACCCCCAUGUAGCUUUUCCCCCUUCUUGGCUUCUGCAGGUGGUGGUCUAGUGCCCCUGUUCUGUGGUCCCUGACUUGUGCUCUUCUUGCUUCAGACUCCAGCAAAAUCCCUCUGUGAAGGAACCCAUAAGGCAAGCCUAAAAGGAAGUCGGGUGUUGUCUUUAAAAAAUAAGUUUGUUUUGGUACAAGGUAUAUUAUUCCAAUGGCUGCUCUCUCCUCUCCCAGAGCCUUUAUUGCAGACGUGUUUAGUGGCACCCACUCUCUUCACUUUUCAAAAGGGCUGGAAGAGGGAAAAGCACAUUGUCCAUGAAGGAACCCAGUCUCUUGGACAGAGAAAGCUCUGUCCAGCCUCUCACCACUGCCACAUUCCCGCCUGCUGGUUCUUCGUGGUCUCUAGCACAGGCUGGGAGCCCUCGCUGCCUUUGGAGGGGUGUUACUAGUCCUGAUGGUUCAACUCUGCCUCUGUCCCUCCUCUCUUCCCUUUCCUAAGUCUGUGUCUGCCAUUAUAGCAAGAACUUCCAUGCAAUCUAAAGUGAUGAUCAAUGUAGUCUAAGAUCUGGGGGAAAAAACUGCCUCCAUCACUUCCUGCUUCAAGAGGUAGUGUCCCUUCCCAAGGGCACUGGUGGUUGAAGGGGAAAGGGUGGAAAUUAGGUACUGGAUUGAUCUCAGAACUCACAUCUUUGAAAGUCAAGUGUCACUAAAUUGUUUUAAAUCAGAGAAGGAGGGGUAUAAUCUGAGAUGGAAGGUUAAAAAAAAAACCAAAAACAACACUCCAGAUUUACUACCACUCUUUUUUUUUUUUUUUGUCUGUAGAGUAGGAGUGUUACUUAGAAAUUUUGCUUUGGAACCAAUCAGAUUUCCACAGUUUCUGGAUGUAGGUUUCUUGCAUUGAGGGCUUAAAGCUUUUGGUGUUCAGAGUCUCUUAGGAAAGGUGAUAAUGAAGCUUCGCCGUUGCUGCUGGUUGGAUUUCUGCUUUACCAGGCCAAAGCUUGCAUUUCCCUGGUGACGGCCUUUCCCACUCCAUUAACCCUGAGGCCCAGAGUGCCACAGGGGCCUGCAGCCAGUGGUCACCAGAGCAGCAGGGUGGGGGGUCUCAGGCAGAGGGGGAGGUAGAGAAGGGACCAUCGCAGUUGUCUAUACCUCCUUGUUUCUUAUUCCUUGUGUCAAGUCUGUUACUGCCUUAGAAUUUUGAGGAAUAUUAGAUUUAUUUAUUACUUUAUUUAUUUUUUUGGCACAUUUCAUUUUGCCUUUGAAACAGUUUCCAUCUGUUUCUCAGAAGGCUUCCGUCUGUUCUGAGCCAUUGAGGCCACUUCUAUGGAGUUAAAGAUGAUGAUUUUAGGAGAAGUUGGGAAGUGAUAAUAUUCCAUCCCUGCAGGUCAGUCCUGUCAUGCUCUGGGAGAGUCUGCCCCUUCUGAGUUGAAUGAUGCCAACCUACCCCAGCACUCCCCAUAAGGAAUUCUAGGUUGUGAGGGAAUCUGCCCAUUCGCCCAGGACUGAGUGCAGAGGAACUGACUAGCCAAUCAGAGAUAUCCUGUGAUUCCAGGAUUUUAAAGUCCUUUGCCUACUCUGAGGAGUCACCUUCUUCAUGACAUUGCCUUUGGCUCAUUCCUCCCUUGUGUGGGUGCCUCACACCAAGCCUCUCCUCCCUCUAGGAGCAGGAACUCAAAGAACAGGGCUCCUCACAAUAGGUCUGCAGUAGCAUCUACGCCACGAACAAAGGGCAAUGCAGCCUCCACCUUCUGUUUCCUGGGAGCAAAGCCUCAAAUCGGAUAGGAUGUUGUGGAUUGCCAUAGCAUCCCCCUUCUCUGAGCGGCAUCGUACCUCCAUUAUUUUAUAUUUAAGUGCAUUUUAUAGGGGAUUACCCUGGCCAAAAUUUAUAUACCUUGUAAGAAAUUAGAAAUUAUUUUAGUGACUGUCUAUUUGGGUGGUGAAAAGCAAACUUGCUGUGCGUCAUCCCAUCAGGUAGCCAAGUGACCAGUCUUUUAUCACUGAAGUUGAGUCAUGCCUUAGCUGAUUGAAUAUAAUCUUUAUAAAAGAAUUUUCUACUGAGCUGUUCUCCAGUCAGCUAAAGCCUUGCUUAAUUUCCCUGUUUAUUUUUAACUUCUGACUUCCUCUUAAAAUGGAGCUCAGGCCACAGCAAGCUUCGUGGGAUAACACUUAUUGUUUAUUUUUGCCAUGAGAUUCUCUGUACUUAUUUUCUUUGGAAUCCUAGUUCUCUUGCAUCAUCGAAGCCUGAGGGACUUGUUCCCACGGCCUCUGUGUGCCUCUUAUUGUCUGGUCACUUUUGAAGUCUUUGACAUUGUUAGAUUUCAUUCUAUACUGGUGUUUCACUAACAGUCAUGGUUUCUUUGUUCCAUUAGCACAAAAUAGCUAAGAUAUUUUCACUAUCUAAUUCAUUCGCUAUUCUCAUAUUAAAUUUCUGAAAUUACAGAACUUUAGGGAGAAAAUAUUAUUUACUGAAGCAUAGGUAAUAGUAUACUGAGAAUUUCAUAGCCCAGCAAAUCCUAAGAGGUAGUCAUUUCCUUAGUCUCUCCAUGUCCAAGUUUAUAGAACCAAACAGUGAAAUGAAAAUCAUUUGCUUUCACCCUCACCCCGUUCUCUAGAGCACAAAUAAAUAUUAACAAACAUUCAAAAGAAAGUGCUUCAGAGUAGGAGAGAGCCUAGAAUUCUCUACUCAGAGUGGCUGAGCUCUUAAAUUACUUCAGUUUGUUUAGUUUUGCUAGUUUGUUGAGAGAUGGGGCUUUUAGAAAGGAAGACAUGUUUAAAGGGUUAAUUUUUUCCCACAUUUUUUAUGAAAAAUUUUCAGCAAACAGAAAACUUAAGUAUAUAGUAAACACCCUUAGGUAUAAUUACCACAUAGGUUUUAAAAUGUAAAUGUUAAACUGCUAAUUUUGUGUGUGUGUGAGGAAGAUCAGCCCUGAGCUAACAUCCAUGCCAAUCCUCCUCUUUUUGCUGAGGAAGACUGGCCCUGGGCUAACAUCCGUGCCCAUCUUCCUCCACUUUAUAUGGGACGCCGCCACAGCGUGACCUGUUAAGUGGUGCAUCAGUGCGCGCCUGGGAUCUGAACCCGGGCUGCCAGCAGCGGAACGUGAGCACUUAACCGCUACGCAACGGGGCCCGCCUCCUAAAGUGCUAAUUUUUAAACAAAGAUGAUCCCACCAUUUCUCUUCCUUUUGCCAGGUGUCUAAGAGUAUGUUUCCUGCACAGACAUCAGCUCUCCUAUGUCUGAGAGCCCCUGGUUUUUUAGCGGAUUUGUUUCAUUCAACAUGAGUUAUCUGGGAGGUGGUCUUCAUAAAAAGGUUUCUUGGUCUCCAUCUUUCAAAACUCAUGCUCAGGCCAUAAUUUCUGCUGUUUUCUUCUCUAACUAGCAUGUCAGCGUGAGGGUAAUUGUGAAGCUGCUCUGGAAGGACUUUAUUCUAAUCUCCGUUGCUUUAUGACACAUCCUCAGGACUCUGAAAUUAAAACUCAAUCUUCAGACAAUAUGUAGCUUUACAAUGGAAGUAGGUAGCGACUUGAAAUUAGGCCACUCUUAUUUUUUUCUUGAUUGAUUCAUGCACUUUAAAAAUACUUUUAUCUAUUAUUUAGGAAAGAAAAUCUCAGACUUUUAAAAAGUAUAUAUUGUCCCUUUAUAUAAUAUGUAUAUGGAAGUUAAAUCUGAAAACUCACUGUGUUAUAUUAAUCAGUGGGAUUAAAUAUUAUUGUAAAACUUAUCAUUUAUAGAAAGUAUCUGAGUUUGUAUGUUUUUGAUGAGCCCUACCCAGUCCCUCUUUGAAAGAAUUAGGUGAAACCCAAACACUAAAGUCUGUAUUUUUGUGUUUAUUUUUUAAGACCCCUUUUCUGCAAAAGAUUGCAUUGUAACCCCAGAGUACAUGGUUCUAAGGUACACAGUUGCGUGACCUUAAUAUUUACAUAAAAGACUAUUGUUUUAGAGGAAGGGGCAUGAAUGAAACAUGAGAACAUGAGGCUUGAGAACUGCCUUUUUAAAUCGAUAGUAAAGAAUGAAAACAGAAUAAAAUGAGGGGAAGAGAGAAAAGCUGUCAAAUAUAUCCUGGAAUUUUGCUCAUAUCCUGAUUUCAUUUAGUUAUUUAGUUUGCAUUUCAUUAGUUGGAAUUGUUCUUUAAGCCAGAGGCUUCACUGGUUCUCACUGAGCUUGUUGGAGAACUCCCAAAGUCACUUUGCUGUCUUUUCCAACAGGAUCGACUUUAGGAAUAUUUUUGAGUAGGUCUCCUUUGCUAAGUGUAAUCCUGACCUGAGGAUUGAUUUCAUCUCAAUAUUCUCUGGAAUCUACAAGUCUAGUGCCAAGAAAAAAGAUGGUGAGAUUAGAAAGAGGCUGGGAGGAGUUCCGGUUGUGUCACUAUAGCCUCAGUUGGUUGUGACUAUGGCCAAGAAAAGGAUGAAAUAGGUUAUUUUUGACCAACAUCACAGAAAAACCUCAAGCCACAAGAGUAUGUUUGUGAACAAGCUGUGCCCCCUGUAGGCUGACCUCCCUGUGAGGUGUAGGAAUCACCGUCUUCUUUAAUCUGCGUGGGAUGGUCAUACACACGCAGGAAAUGGAACAAACCAAACGACGCAGCUGGGUCUCCCUUUAAGAGCUUCCACUUAAUUGGAUUGGUGGUUACCAGAGGGGAAGGGCGAGGGAGGAGGGUGAAAGGGAUAAUUCGGUACAUGUGUGUGGUGAUGGGUUGUAAUUAGUAUUUGGGUGGUGAACAUGAUGUAAUCUAUGCAGAAAUAGAAGUAUAAUGAUGUACACCUGAAAUUUUUACAAUGUUAUAAACCAAUGUUACUGCAAUAAACAAAAAAUUAAAAAAAAAAGAGCUUCCAUUUAGAAUUUCUCCUGGGUCUAAAAGGUCCACAUCAACCUCUUUAACUAGUCUCUUUCCACUUGGCUAAAAGUAUAGAACUCGUGGAAACCUGAAUCGGCUGGAAAAGGGAAGAGCACCAUUCCUGUAGAAUCUCAGUGUUGAAAG